AUGGAUCCCUUUUCUCCCAUCCUCUCGCCUCAAUCACCGGUGACACCGUCCAACGUCUUCCGGCCCCGCCGAUCCGAUGAUUGGCACGAGUACCGCGAUAUCAUCGAACAGCUCUACCGCACCGACCAGCUGAAGUUACGCGAUGUGAAACGUAUCAUGGAAAGGGACUAUAAGUUCUUCGCUUCAGAAAAACAAUACAAAGACCGCCUGGCUGCCUGGCAUGUUCGAAAAAACAUCAAGGCAGAAGAAGUCCAUAUCAUGAUUCGCAAGCAGAAGAAGCGUGCCGCCCGUGGCAAACAGACAGCCUUCCGCCGUAGCGGCCAGGAAGUCGACCAGAAGCGCAUCGCCCGAUUUGUCCGUCGCUACGGAUCCUCCUGGAGUUCAAAACGAGAUAAAGAUGCUGAAUUACAAAGCCCCGAGCCGCCAACUCCCUCCGACAUGACCUGCUACACCCCAGAACCAGCAGAAGAAGCAUCAGUAGUCACGCCAGGUUCCCCACCAGACGUGCAGUCUCCAACGCGCGAGACACCUAAUUCUAAUUAUCAGAUGAAUUUCGACCCAACCCAAAUCCACACUCUUCCGGACCUUGUCAUCGACGACGACUCCCCCUACUCAAUCGACCUUCACUCAAACCCAUCUCACCACCCUCACCCUCAGCACUCUCGGCACUCUCAGCACUCUCAGCACCCUCACCAACAGCACCACCAGCACCAGCACCACCAGCACCACGCCCACUCAACCCCAAACCCAAACCCAAACCCAAACCCUCAACGCCGACCUUAUCCCCACAUCCCAGACUCCGUAACAGGCUCCCACUCAGUCACAGGUCUCCCCCCAGUCUCGCAUGCAGUCCACCCCAUCGUUUCUCCAGGGCCAGUCCAUGCGCAACCUCACCAUGUGCACUCUCAUCACAGCCAUGCAAACCAUGACCACGACGUCGAUGCUCCAGGCGAAGUCGUCACGCACUCGGAUGAUUGGAAUCGACUCGAUACCUUCCAGACAAGACUGGAGGGCCUGCAGUAUACGCUCGAUAGGACUAUGUCCAAGUGGGCGCGUGAGGCGGACCCUAAUCAGGAGAUUCCUCACCAUGAGGGGUUGGGGAUGUGA